ACAUUUAUUUUCAAAAUGUCAAAUUGUGCAAUUAUUAAUGCAAAGUUCCUCGAUAAAUCUAACUUUCAAUAACUUCUUCCUUUUUGUGAAAACCAAACAUUUUAAAACCAUUUAGCGGUUUUUUGUGCCUUCCUGGAUGAUUUCUGAAAGUUUCCUGAUUCUGUCGUUGCUCCAAGAUUUCCAUCCAUCAGAUGUACGGCAAGCCGUUUCUGAUCUUAUGCAGCAGGUCAGGAAGGAAUCUGAUCUUCUGCAUAAUCAACAUGCAUGCGUGUCCAGAGCCGACAUAAAGUGUUUGACUGUGUGAAUGGUACACGAACAACGCCAAGAUAAACAGACUCAAGUUUUCCAAGCAGUUUGUUUUGGUGGAGAAAGUGACAGACAGAGGAUUAUGGGAUGGAUUCCCUCCUUCGGGGCGGGGAACAGAGAACGGCUUAAAUACGAGCGGCCAGCUUCUUCCAGCAUCCAUCCGGCUACCCAUCAUGCUCUGCUCCACGCUCGUUCUGGCGGUAUUGUGUGUGCUGAUACCUUCAGCCGGCUCCCAGGAGCUUCGCGUUGUGGCGUGUGAAGGAUCAGUGGCUCAGCUGAAGUGUGAGAAUGGUGAGGUUAUAUCUGUGACCAGUGCUGCAUACGGACGCAGAGACCAGAAGACGUGCAUCGCUGGACGACCCGCCAACCAGAUAACCAACGUCCGAUGCUCCAGGAGCUUACACAUCAAUCCAUUCAGACAUUUUAGAAAACCGUUACAUCCACCCAAGCUCUUACAGAAGGUGGUUCCCAACUUUGGUGGUCAUCAAAAAAUAAUCAAAGUACCCGUUGGACAUGUUGCCAGUCUGUCUCAAGGCAGCAGCAAAGAUAAAGUUGCUAAAAGCUGCAACGGGAAGCAGAGCUGUUCUAUCAGAGCAGCAAACUCUGUGUUUGGAGAACCCUGCGCCGGAACCUACAAGUACCUGGAGGUGGAGUACAAAUGUCAACACACUGGAAGAAAACCCCAGAAAGGUCCAACUGUGGCAUGUGAGGGAUCAGUGGCUCAACUCCGGUGUGACAAAGGCGAGGUUAUUUAUGUGAGGAGUGCUACAUAUGGACGCAGGGAUCAGAAGACGUGCACCGCUAGGCGACCCGCCAACCAGAUAACCAACGUCCGAUGCUUCAGGAGCUCAGACAGAGUUGGUCAGAGAUGCAACGGGAAACAGCGUUGUAACGUCAGAGCCAGUUACUCGAUGUUUGGAGAUCCCUGCGUUGGAACCUACAAGUACCUGGAGGUGGAUUAUAUUUGUUACGCUUUUCUGACUGGGUGAAACCGUCAUCAGGUCUCCUGUGUUCUGGAUGAAAUUCAUAAUAAUCAGGAAUAUCUACAGCAUUGAUUAGCAGCUUAAUAUCUCUUUAAAUUAAAUUAAAUUACUUUAUUGGGAAAUUAUCUACUCUUCUGUAUCUUUAAGUUUUCUCAACCUAUUUUACAUUUUUAUUUCAGUUCUUCAUGAAUAAACCUGACUUGCAUUUACA